CACCAUCACUAAUAGUCGGCGGAAGCUUGAGUAAAAGAGGGAGAGCAUCUGAACGGAAAAUCGGCGAAGCAGAGGGUGAUCGGUGCCCAAAUCCAACGCGAGAGAAAAGGAUUUCCUCUGGUAAUCGUGUUGCUGAGCUAGAGAAAGUACAGCAGAAAUACGGGACAAAACUCAGAGAAUCAAGGAAUUUAUGGAGCGGUAGAAGAAAGUCAAGCAGAGGAGAACGUUGGAGAUCAAUCAAAGGGAAAAGAAAAUUCGAACCUUGCUGAUUUGAAGAUGCUUGGAAAAGCUCUUGGAAUUCCAGUGAAUAGUGUAAGGACAUAUACAGAAGCUGGGAUUCAUGCAGGAAGGCGCUCUUUCAAAUCCAAUGGGUGGAUGGAAGUAAAAGUGAAGAAUGCAAGUCUACUUGGUUCCAAUGGUGGUGCUCAGGAUUUUCAAUUUCGGCCACCUCUCCAAAAAAACAGAUUGUUUGCAAUUCCCAACAGAAAUGAUGGUCACCCAUCUUCCCAAGUGUUAGAAGAAGACAUUAACAAAAACCAUGCACCCUGUUCAGAGGCUGAGACAUUAUUUGGCAAAUGGACACCUCCUGGGUACCUAUGGAGGGGGUUAUCAGUUCUUGUCCUGGCAGGGCAAGUUAUUACUAGGAUUCUAACGGGCAAGGUACACUGGAAAAAUACUCUCCAACAACUGGAGAGAGUUGGCCCCAGAUCAGUUGGGGUUUGUCUUUUGACCUCAGCAUUUGUUGGAAUGGCCUUCACUAUCCAGUUCGUUAGAGAAUUUACCAGAUUGGGUUUGAACAGAGCAGUUGGUGGGGUAUUAGCACUGGCCUUUUCAAGGGAGCUGAGUCCAGUGAUUACAUCAAUUGUGAUUGCAGGACGAGUUGGAAGUGCAUUUGCUGCUGAGUUAGGGACCAUGCAGGUUUCUGAGCAAACUGACACACUGAGAGUUCUUGGGUCAAACCCCAUUGAUUAUUUGGUGACUCCAAGGGUGAUUGCAACCUGCAUAGCUCUACCAUUGUUGACUCUGAUGUGUUUUACAGUAGGGAUGGCAUCUAGUGCCCUUCUGGCCGAUGGUGUUUAUGGGGUUAGCAUUAACAUUAUAUUAGAUUCAGCUCAUAGAGCACUCAGAACAUGGGAUAUAAUCAGUGCAAUGAUCAAGUCCCAGGUUUUUGGUGCUAUCAUAUCUGUUGUGAGCUGUGCAUGGGGAGCUACUACUUUAGGAGGUGCCAAGGGGGUUGGAGAGUCAACAACUUCAGCAGUGGUCAUCUCACUUGUUGGCAUCUUUAUUGCUGAUUUUGCACUCUCUUAUUGCUUCUUCCAGGGAGCCGGAGAUUCUUUGAAGAAUUUUUGACAAUUUUGCAUAAAAAUCAGUUGAUCGUGUUGUUUAUUGAUAUCUUUGAAGUUGGCUGAUCACUAAUAAGAGAGUGUAAAUGAUUAUAGUUCCAAGCUUGAUCAUUAUUUGGGCAUGAGGUCUUGUUUGCCUUUUUUGAUUCUUGACGUGGGUGAUGGUAAGUAGGCACAAUUUCAAUAAUUGAGCCUGUUUAGUCUGUAUAUUUUCUUUAAAUGAAAUAUUAGGUAUAGUUGUUAAUUAUAUUAGCAAGACAGAUCUAUUUUCUUAAGGAAGACCUCAAAGCAAUGUGUGUAGGGUUUGAAUUUAGUUGUUGAUGCCCGCAGAUGAAAUUGAACUGCCAUUUUAAAUUCUUUUGCUUGAUAUAAAUCCAAAUUGUCAGAAAACUUAGCAUUUCCAUAUGGCAUAUGCUUCUGCUAUUUCCAUAUAAGGCCGUGUCUCUUUUGCUUU